AUGGUGCAUCUUGGGGACGCCUUCCCUGAACACCAUCAGCAGGCAGAGGUGGGUCGGGUGACAGUGGAAGUCAUCAACACCCCAGACCUGUUCAGUGCCAAAGACACAGAGACAGAGCCAGGGUGUGGGGAGAGAGGCCACUGCUACCUUCUAUCGUCCCCAGGGCCCCACGCCCUGCUCCUGGUGACCCAGCUGGGCCGCUGCACCGCCCAGGACCAGCAGGCCGUGCGGCGGCUGAGGGACAUGAUUGGUGACGGCAUGACGGCAUGCACGAUCGUGCUCUUCACGCAGAAGGAGGACCUGGCAGGGGACUCACUGCAGGACCAUGUGUGCUGCUUCGACAACCGCGUGCUGCAGGAGCUGGUGGCCGAGUGCGGGCGCUGCGCCUGCGCCUUCGACAACCGCGCCACCGGCUGGGAGCGGGAGGCCCAGGUGGCCGAGCUGAUGGCGCUGGUGGAGCAGGUGGUUGGGGCCCACCGGGGCGCGCCCUACACCAACGACGUGUACCGCCUGGCACAGGCGCUGGGCAGCAUGCACCCCAAGGAGUGGCUCCGUAGGGUGGCGGAGACCAUGGUCACCCACCUGCAGAGGCAGUGGGGGCAUGGUCUGCUGGCCAUGCUGUGGGAAUGGAGGAGGGCACCCUGGAGCCAGGCCAGGCUGGGUGUGGCCGCCAUGCUGGGGGCCCUGGACCUGCUUUACCUGCUGCCCUCCAGGCACUGGCAGGACGCCUUGGGUGACGUCAAUCCUGACUGA